AUGGCUCCCAUCCGCAUCGCCCUCAUCGGCCUCUCCGCCAACGCCAAAACGUCAUGGGCUGCCGAAAGCCACCUCCCAUACCUCCUCUCCCCGCGCGGCCGCCAACACUACACCAUCACCGCGCUUCUCAACUCCAGCACCGGCGCCGCGGAGGCGGCCCGCGCCCACUACGGACUGCCCGGCGACGUCAAGGUUUACGGCGACCCGGAGGCCCUGGCGCGGGACCCCGACGUCGAGCUCGUCGUCUGCAACACCCGCGUCGACACGCACUUCGACGUCGCCGCGCCGUCCGCGAGGGCAGGCAAGGCCGUCUACGUCGAGUGGCCUCCCACCCAGGACCUCGAGAGCUCAGAGGAGCUUGCGAGCCUGGCCGCGGCGUCCGGCGGGGUCAGCAUCGUCGGACUGCAGGGGCGGGUGGCGCGCGUGGUUCUCAAGGUCAGAGAGAUCGUGGACUCCGGCCGCGUCGGGAAGGUCCUGGGGAGCGACGUCGAAGCGUACGGGAACCUGCUGUCCCGGGACGAGCUCCCGGGUGGGCUGGCGUACUUCGCGGAGAGGGUCGUCGGGGGCAACCCGGUCACGAUUGCGUUUGCGCACAUGAUCGACUACGUCCACCACGUCCUCGGCGAGUUCGAGGAAGCGGGCACGGCGUUUGAGAGCCGGCUGCAGAUCCAGCGGCCCGAGGUCAAGAUUCUCGGUGCCGGGCCGGAGCUGCGGCGCGUCCGGACCGAUGUGCCCGACUUGAUCGCCCUCCACGGUGCGAUCCGGGGCCGCAGCACGGUCGACGGGGCCACGCUCGCGGUCCGCUUCCGGAACGGACCGCCGUUCAAGGGACGGCCGGCGUUCGUAUGGCGGAUCGUCGGGGAGAAGGGGGAGGUUGAGGUCGAGAGCCCCUCGGGGCCAUACUUGCACUCGGAUUCGUAUGACGAGCCGAUUGUCAUUCGGGUUCACGAACAUGGGAGCGACGAGGUGGCAGAAGUGCCAUGGGGCUGGGAUACAUGGCAGGAAGCGUUGCCGGUCCGAGCGAGGAAUGUCGGGGAAGUAUAUGAGAGAUUUGCGAGAUGGGUUGAGCUUGGGAGGGGCGAUGUAGAGGGGGGUGGGGGGUGGCCUACUCUUCAAGAUGCCGUCUUGAGAAUGAGAGAGCUGGACACACUCUUUCAACAUUUCGACAAGCAAUAA